GAUCACCUUCUAAGAUACGGAGUAUAUAAUAUUAUAUAUAAUAAAGAAAAGACCACCCUCUCAAUCACCCGCCCCAAAUCCUCGGAAUCCCUAGGGUGCAGCGGCCGGCGUAGCCGUGGAAAGUCAGGGAGUGGGUGUGGUGCGGAGGCGGAGGCGGACGCAUGGGUGCUACCAGCGAUCGGGCGGCAAGGCUAGGCAGGCAGCAGCGGGAGCAGGUAGCUUUUGUCACUGCCUACUUUUAACAUAACUCAAUGAUGUGGGCUCUCAUCCACUCCUGGUUUGGAAGAUGCUGAGAGAGGAUUAAGGCUGUGGAAGGAUAGGAGGAAGGGAAAAAGCAAGCAUUCAAAAGAGGAAGAAGACUUCAUCAAUAUCUACAAUGCGUAAGAGGUGGAGGACUCCGUCUCGGUUUAACUUCAAGCGAGAAGACCUCACGAGUGCAUUACGCAAGGUGCACCUUCCCCGUGGCUAUCCUAUACCAUCUGAACAUUCUGUAGUGGGCAUGCGAUUGGUGAAUACAUUUGAAGAGCAUUUUGGUGACUUGGAUGGCAACAAUGAAGAACAUGCUAGGGUUAAAUUACUUGCUUCAAGCAUUUCUAAGUCAGUUGUCUCCCUUGCUUCAUUUAAGGGGAGUGUGAGGCAUUUUGUAUGCACUGGUAUUAUUUUUGGACACAUGCCAUCUGAAAUGAGUAUUCUAACUUCUGCUAGCUUGGUUAGAUGCCUUGGAGAUAAAGCUAAGUUUGUUAAUAAGUUGAAGAUUAAGGUGCGCCUGCCCAGUGGCAAGUUAGUUGUAGGGAAGUUAUGGAAAUAUGAUUAUAAAUAUAAUAUUGCUGUUGUCAAGACCAAGUCUUUCCCGGAAUUUCAUGCAGCUCACGUUCAUAAUGGUGUCCAAUUUAAUUCUGAGUUGUUUCAAGCUAAUCUGGUAGCUAUUGGACGUGGUUAUGAAUCCGGAGAACUAAUGGCUUCAGGUGGGACACUACUGCAUAAAACUAGCAGACUUGAUAGCCAAGAACUUAUGAUCUCCACUUGUAAGAUCACAAAGGCUGGGAUUGGUGGUCCCCUAAUUGAUUCGAGUGGAAACUUCGUUGGCAUGAACUUUUAUGCUAAGGAUGAAACACCUUUCAUGCCAGUCAGUAUACUUCUGAAAUGUUUGAAGCACUUUGAGAUAUUUGGGAGAGUUGUACAACCAUGGCUUGGCCUCAGGGUUGGGUCGCUUAGGGCUGAAAAACUGAGUAUCUGUGAAGAAAUACGCAAUAGAUUUCCACAAGCACAUGGCAUUUAUGUGGAGAUGGUUUCCGAGGGAUCUCCAGCAGCAAUUUCUGGAAUCAAAGUUGGUGAUCUUAUUUCAACGCUUGAUGGAGUUGCCCUGUCGAAUGCACAAGAGUUUCAUGAGUUGAUUUUGGACAAGGCAGAGUGUGCUUUAAAAUGUUCUGAAGGAUUGGUUUUCGAGGUUUAUGUUCUCAGGCCAAGUGAUUGCUCUGGAUUUGUUGUCACUCUUAAUGGUGAGGAGGUCACUAUGAUCAAGCAAAACAGCUGGCCUGUACCUGAGGUUGAGUGGCUGGAUCCAAGCACAAAUGACAACUCAGAUUUUACUAUGUGGUAAAAUCCUGUGACUUACAGAGCUGUGCCUCUCUGAAUUAUAUGUGAAGAAUCCUAGCGGGUACGAACUACACUAUGAAUGAGGAGCAGUGUUGUGUUUGUCCGGUCGCUGUUCUUAAAUAUAAUUUAUAAGUAUUUGUUGUCUGAUUCAUAUUUUGCAGCUGAGUUAGAGAACAUGUUUGCACCCUUGAUAGUGCCUCGGCCGUUGUCAGAUGUAAGAUAGCGCUAAGCAAGAUUCGUCCUAAUAUUGUGUAAGACUACUGUUUUUAUGUAGCUAGCUUAUUAUUAAACUUGCUAGCAUGGGAUUUGUUUAGUUAUGCUGCCCAACAUUGUUUCA